AUGAUGUUUCAUCGCCGCUCCGUGAACAAAUCUGCUACUGCGCCUCCCAAGCACUCGACGUCUUUACGGCGCUCUGUUUCUUACUCGGCUUCGCUCUCAUUGCCUGCGCCCUCGUGGACGCCCUCUUCCGCCAAGCGGAGACCUCUUGAGACGCAGCACCUCGGACUUGCAGCACUUGAUGCUGGCUAUUGCUGUCAUGAAUUCACAAAACUACAUCUCAAGGUAGAGUGCCGGUUGGACCGACAUGUUGUUGGUGGCGUGCUCGAGAAUGCCACGGGUCAGACACUGUUUAAAGUCCGAGAGAAACCCCUCUCAUUGCAUCGGCAGCGCAUGCUCGUGGACACGACAGAGAUGCCUGUAGCCACCUUACGCACGAGUGCGUUCCGUCGGCACAAAGCAACGUACUCGUCAUUCCUGCGCACAAAGAUGUCCAAGACUCCAGUAUUCAAGUUCACAAUGACGCAUAGUAAGCUGGAGAUGAUAUUUUCGGACAUUAUGACGAGCGAGACCUGCCGACUUGGCUCAAAUGGCGAACAGGACGAUACUGAAAUCUGGUUGCAGCGAGGUCUCUUUGCUAAUACGGUGAGACAGCCCAUUGCACACAUGUAUCCUGCACCACCAGGUUCGUCGAUGGGGUAUUCACUGGAUAUCGCAGAAGGCGUCGAUGCCGUUAUGAUCAUUCUUGUGUGCAUUGCUAUUCAUGACAGCAAAUCUGAUUGUAUGUGGCGAACUUCAAGCAAUUUCGUCUGGUCGCCCGCCAUUUAG